AUGAGUGCUAUGUUUUCUCUAAAUGACCUAGGAGAACUCUCAAUUUUCCUUGGUAUUGAGUUUACUAAAACUACCUUAUUAUUACUGCUCACUCAACGAAAAUACAUUGAGCAACUUUUGCAGAAGACUAAUUUACUCCUCAUUACUCCUUAUGCAACACCUAUGGCUGUAAAUGUUCAUUUACAUGCUGGUGAUAGUGAAAAUUUUUCCAAUCCUUCUUUAUAUCGUAGUGUUCUUGGCACACUACAAUAUAUGUGUUACACUCGUCUUGACAUUACCUUUACAGUUAAUAAACUUAGUCAAUUCAAGCAUGAGCCUACUGUAAAGCAAUGGAAUUGUGUUGAAAGGUUGUUGCGUUAUCUCAAGGGUACUAGCACAUAUGGUCUACUUAUUAAACCAGCACUUCAUUUUUGUGUUCAAGCUUUUGCUCAUGCAGAUCAUGGGGGAAGUCAUUUUGAUCAAAGAUCAACUAGUGGGUUCUGCACUUAUCUUGGACUAAAUCCCAUCACAUGGACCUCAUGCAAGCAGCAAGUUAUUGCUCAAUCAGUGUAA